AUGCAGCCAAGCAAACACGCAUCAUAUGGGGAUGUGCUCCGUGUGUGUUCGCCGUAUGACGCCAAAGCGUCACCAGAAAUGGGGCAUUUUAUCCGCGAGUCAAGAAAGCUAACGCGUAACAAUACGUUCAUUGGUCUCGAUGAAGCGAAGGACGAAAGCAACGAAAGUAUUCAUAACACGAAGGAACCCUUGAAUCGUUGGAGCAGUGCAGAAAAUUUGUCCAGUGAUCGGCAGGCUCGAGCAGCUGAUAAAAUGGCAGUGAUGGUUCCGCUCAAGUUAGAACAAUUCACCAUUGGGUCCGAAACUAUCGAGUACGAUGGUUCGAAAGUAAAAGAAAAGCCACCGAUCGAUCGCCGUUGCAGCAUGAUUCCUUUAAUGUGUCAACCGGGCGGGCGCCCGAAAGUGGCACAAUCUCAAAGCGAUAGAGAAAGGCUACGAAAAAAGCCACCGCUUCCUCCACCUAAAGUUCUGGCGAAACACCAAGAUCCGAUCAGAAUGUAUCGAGCUGAGCGUUUGCAUGAGAAAAAAAUGGACAUGGAGCAACAGUUGGAUGACCUACGGGAGCAGAUUACGUGCAUACAAUUAACCCGCCAAAGGGAGGAUCACCAUAAUCGUGAAGUGAUUGAUCUCCUAAAAAGAGAGAUCGACGAUUUGAAAUCUUCCUGCGAAACGUUGAUGGAUGCUGUGAAGCGAUUACAAAAUGCGGAUGAUUUAUUCCUGAAGAUGAAGCAUGAAGGAGAGUUUUCGUUUUACUCCCGUUCUUACGAAAUGUCUAAGAAAAUUUUAAGCGACACUUUUAGAAGAAGGAAGAGAAACACCGCUCGUGCUACUUGUUUUGAACCGAGUGCCGGAACAAGUCGAGAAACCAGUGAACAGUGCAUUUCUUGCGAUACACCGAGCAGCAAUUUAAGUGCGAUCGAGCAGCCUUGCUCCUCCUCGUCCGGAGGUGAUGGAGAUCAUAGUUUGUAUCGUGCCAAUAGUGCUCCGGCAAACCCAGUGAAUUUAGUGACCUCGCUCUACUACGUUUCGAAAAUACAUUCCAUGGAAAUGGACGGCAUCACACAGGAAAGUAACGACACCGAAAACGCAUCAAUUCAAACCUCCGAACAAGAGUUGGUGACAAAGAGAAAGACACGAAUGUCCAAAAUUGGCGGGUGGUUCAGGGCUGGCAAACAUUAGAAAAAUAAUGGCCCGGGUCUGAAAAACUGUUUUGACUUCCAAAUU